GAACCUGGUGCUCGCGGUGCUGUCUGCCAACCCGCAUGACAGCAUGAGGAGCCUGCUGGCUCAGCUGCCCUCCUUAAAGGAGGCCGCACAUGACUCGCUGGCAUGGGAGCUGGUGCCCGGGAACGAGGUGCCUGGGGCCAUACGGGAGGCUAAGGAGUGAGUUUGUCCCCCAAUGCAGGGUGCACUGAGUACGCAGGUUGGAGGCGUGUUUGGUCACAGAUACCCGAUGACCUGGCAGUGCACUUAAUACUGUUGGAGGGCAUCUGGGGGCGUUGUCUAGGAUGUCACAUGCGAACGUGGGAGGAGCCCCUUGGCUCUGUGGCAUGAUGUGAUUUCUCUUCCAUUAAGCUGGCUUUCCUGCUUGGCCUUGAGCCUCCCUUCGGGUUUCAUCCUUCUCCGCUCCUGCUUGCCAGAUUUUACACGCAGUAUCAGGCGUGUGAGACGUGCCUGGUGGUGAAGCCCAAGUUCACAAUUGGAGAGUCCGCCCCGAUGUUCAGGAGGCUGCUGGGGGAAAUCCGAGAACGCUCGAGCAUCCUGUCCGUCACGCUGCCCCCGCAACUUUUCCAUGACCGACUGCGCCACCUGCCAGCCAUGGAGCGCCUGCUGUCAUCGUCACUGGUGGCGCCGUCCUUGCCGGGCACUGCCUCUGACAAAGGUGCCAACGCCACUGCUGGCAAUAGCAGCAACUGCAACGACAACAGCAGUAGCAGGCAAGGAGGGCCCUACCGGCUGUAUUUUACACCGCAUCAAGACCCCUCGACUGGUGACGAUGCAGCCAGCGGUGCAGAGGAUUGUCUGCUGUGCCUGACGGGCAGCAGGAAGCAUAUCUCACUGGUUGCCGCCUGGGACAGGGCAUCCGCACAAGACAAGGGUGUCAAGGGCAUCCUGCGGAGGGAGGCGCGCCAAGUCAAGUUGCGGGUUCACUUCGACACCACGGUUACCCAGGAGCCAGUCGUGCCCAGCCACCCACACGGCAGCAUGCAGAAGAAGGGCAAGGAGCCGCACCGGAAGGAGGUCCAGGAAACCAAUGCGCGGCUGCUGCUGGGGUGCAAGGUGGAGGUGGACGAGGAAGACGAAACGGCUGCUGCUGCUGUAGCGGUGGCGCCAGAAGCCUCGGCUGUGCCUGAGAGAGGCAUGAUGGAUGGGGCUGCUAGCUCCAGUGGUGGCACUGCGGCUGCUGGUGGGCAGCCCGGCGGUGGUGGCGGUGGUGGUGGUGAAUGUGAUGGUGGUGGAGAUUGUGGCAAGCAGCAGCUGGAGGCUGCAGGAGCGGGCAAGGCCACGUCUCAGGGGGAUGCACUGGUGGCGUCGGCUGCAGAUGAUGAGCAUAAGGGUGCUGCCUUGGUGGCGGCGGGAGCAGGAGAUACAAACCAAGGAGCGACCGCUGCUGCUGCUGUUGCUGCCGGAGGUCUUCCGGGGGCCGAUGUGGCGCCAGCAUCGGAUGCAGCAGGUACGGGGACUCGUGUUGAGGAGGCCCUGUCCGCUGCUGCGGCGGCAGCGGCGAUCACGGCAGAGGCACCAGCCGCCCACACUCACAUGCUGCUGGACGACAACCCGGUGCUGCUGGGUUGCGUGGACGAAGCCAUGCAGGAAGCAGUGUCCGCUGCUACACCCGUAAUCGUAACGACGUUGCCAGGGCAGCAGGGCAUUGGCUUUAGCUGCCAUGCAGGGCUUGCGGGACACUCAAGAGGAGGUGGGGCAGGCGGUUCUGCUGCCUGCAGGUCCAUGUUGACCGUGGUGGAGGCUGAGGGUGGGGCCGAGGGGGCCACCACAGCUGGGAGGAUGCGUAUGACCUGGGCAAUUGAAUAUGCUGCUGCGGCAGCAGCGAUGCCACCGAGAGGGGCGGCAGGGGCGAGGGUGCCAGCAGCUGUCGCUGCUGAUGCUGCCUCAGCAGGUGGUGCUGCUGCUCUCAACGCCUCGGCUGCUGCUGGUGGGGCUGCUGUUAAUGCAGCCGGAGCCACGGCAGCAGGUCCUGAAGGAGGACGAGGAGGGGACCAGGAGCGGGAGGAGGAAGAGCAGGAGAAAGAGGACGCUCUGUUGCUCUUCAGGAGGCGUAUCUCAGCCUCUUCCGACAUGUCCCUGGUCGAAACGGAGUACCCAAGUGACAGCAGCAGCGACGACAGCAGCAGCAGCGAUGACACCGGGGUAGGCGCUGGCCGCAACGGGGACAGCAGCAUCGCUGCCUUUGACAGCUACCGCAGUAGCCUGGCCGGAAACCUGGGUAUGGCGGCAGCGGGGGCAGAGUGGGGGCAACAUGGGUUCCUUCCGCCUCGGCCUUCAGUUGCAGCCGGUGCGGGUACACUGACAGGGAACCUGCUGAACUGGUGCAAUAGCGCCGUCCAACAGGAGCUUACAGCUGGGUGGUGCCGCCCGCAGGGGCUGGCGAAGUGGCUUACGCCUAAAGAGAAUGACGUCCCUCGCCCUCCUGCUGCUGCAGCUGCGGCUGCUCCUGCUGUGGCACCUGCACCUCAGGGCAGCAACCUGCAGCCGGCAGCGGCGGUGGCUGCUGUUUGCACUACGGCCGCACCUGCAGCAGAGGCAUCGUCACGACAACCCAACACCUGUGCACCAGCAGUGACGGCCGUGGCGGAUGGCAGGCAGUUGUGGUCUUGGCGGGAUCUGUUGCCGAUCUACGACAUUCCACGCCAGCAGCCCUUACCACCGGCAGGGCGGAAUGGGGGCCAGACUGCGACCGCAGCACCGGCUGUGCAGCACAGCGCUGUGGCAGCAGCCAACAAGACUGCAGCAGCGGCUGCUGCUGUUGGUGCUCCCGAUGCUGCUGUCGGUAGUGGUAGCAGUGCGGCCCGUGAGGUGGCCGCCGCUGCUGCAGCAGCAGCCCACGUGGGUAACGCCCACACCGGCAGCAGCGGCAGCGGUGGCAGCAACAGGAGCGGCAGUGUGGCGAGAGUCCCGCAGGCUGGCUGGAGCUGGGGCAAGGUGGCGCUGCCGGUGCUGCAGGCGGCGGUCAGCCAGGACCUCCCGAGCUCCUGCGCGCCGCUGUGCCAGGAGCUGAGGGUCGGCCUGCCGCAGCUGUGGAGGGACCUAAAGGUGCUGCCCCGCCUGCCCCUGCGCGGCUGCCGGCUGCUGCUGCUGGCCUCGGACCCCGAGUCAGCCGAGCUACAGGGGCCGCUGCAGGAGGCCGCGGAGGUGCUGGGACUGGCAUGGAGCCGGGGACACCCCGACCAGCCGCCGGAGCAGCUGAGGAGCAUGCAGCUGCUGGCCCUCGGCAAGUCGGUGGAGGAGGGCGUUGCGGAGAUGCGGGGGGUCAUCCUCAAGUCCAUUGCCGUACACCCCAUUGAGAUCUUCAGCGCUCCUGUGCUGGUGCAUGGGCUGCAACUGCUGGCUUGGGAGGUCCGCAACCGCUCGGCAGCUGCAACGGCCGGAGCAGGAGCUCUAUCACAUGGGGGCAUGGGCUCUGAAGCUGCUGCUGGUGCUGCUGGUGCUGCUACUGGUGCUGCCGCUGUGGAGCUAACGCUGGGGCGCGCCAUGUGUCUGGCUGCUGCGGCAGCGGCUACUGCUGUUCCCCGCGACUGUCUACCGCUGUACCCUCACCGAGUAGUGGUCGUGGUGGCUGCUCAGGGGUUCAUGAAGACCGAUCCCGCGGUCCUGGACCGCCUCUUUGGAUGCAUGACUGCGGGCGCAAUUACGUGGGGCGAGCCCUGGCCCCUGCACAUGCGCGCCGCGGACAUCGCGGCCGUUCUGACCCGCGGGUCACCCCAGCACCGAGCCGCGAUCUUACGUGCCACCACGCCUGGCAUGUGCGUCCCCGCCACGGGCGCAGCUUCUUCUAGGGCAGUUCAUUCUGUGGCGGGUAAAGGGGCAGUCAUGGGGGCCCCGCUGCUUAGCGCGCUUAGCAUCAACGCUGAGAGCACUAGCCAGACGGAAUUGCAGGUGCUGUCCGAUGCUAACAAGUUCAUGUGCUUGAUGCGGCCGGGGCGGUUGGUGGUUGCAGCGUACGGCGAGGGGCAGGCGGAGCGGUUGGGGAAGCCUGGGAGGAUGUGCAAGAACAUCCUGUGUGGGACGGUGCGCGAGGUGGUGGCGUUUUUGGAGUUGCUGCUACAAGAUGUGUCUCGCUGUUGAGGAGCAUGGAGGGAGUGAAGGGGGAAAAUAAGGGGAAGUAGGAGAAUUUAGCACCUGGGAGGAGGGAAUAGGAAGGAAACAACAUACGAGAGGAGUGGUGCAUGUCAGCAUGUGAAGUUGAAGUGCUUAAGAGGGCUGGAAUGCCAAAGCGUAAGGGGCCUUACUGGAAUGUUAUGAUGUGUGGUGUGAUGGGCGGAUGUGGAUGGGGACCAAGCAGUAGCGUGAUACCUCUGCUCGUGUAAUGUCUUGGCACGGCGGCGGUGGCGGUAAACGAUUUGGAUGGUGUGGGUUGUUGUACGUUCGCACGCACUACGCAAGUUGGUAAUGCUGAAGACAUGGGCGUUUUUGUAUGAAGUGUUUCAAUGACAGGUUUCGACUGUGGAUCCUCCUUCCAAGUUACUGGUGCACUGUUUACUGAUGGCGGCGCUCCCUCUUUAUAAUUGUCCACUGAUGUCGACUCCUAUACAGAAGCCGUUACGGCCAGUCGGAGGACCCAUCCUGCUGUGUGUUUCCAUCUCACAUUGUAGCUUUUACGCUGUCUUUUCCUUCAUCACUGCGAAGUUUGUUUGCUUCUACCGUACCAGACCAGUUGGCUGAAGCUGCUGAAUGUAUCCCAUGUGACGUGCUGUGAGUGCUCAAUGUGAUGUUUGGGGGCUGUGGGCUUGAGAAUGAGCAGCACCCCGCUGCUGAGAACUCGAGCGGGGUAUGUUGUUGAAGCUUGCGUAGAUUUGAUUGCGAGGAUUGACUCAAGAGGUAUAGCGUAUCAGAGCCUGCGGAGGCUGCCUUCCUAUUGUUGGUUGACCCUAGAAGUACUUCGUUUAGUGUACGUCCUCCGUAUUGGAGCUGAUUGGGAGGAGAUGAAUGGUCCAUGCAAGGGGUUGACCUUCUGUCCUGCUCGGUUCAUUUGCUAGAUAGGCAGCCGCACGUAGUCAUGCAUGAGCGAUUCAUGCCAUGGCUAACACACGUACCACCAACAUUCCAGUUGCAUUUCUGGAGGAGUGGGGAUAGGCAAGGCUUAGCUUGAUACGUUCCCUCUGGUACAAAUUGUCGUAUGCAGCGUUUCGUGCGUAUGACCUAUAGUCGAUUGUUAAUUUGAGCCUAGCAGUCGGUGUGUCAGGCGGUUGGAUGCACUGUCAGCUGUUGACCCAGCAUUGGAUGUCCAGCGGCAAGGCCGAAUACCGUGCCAUGUGUUGAUGUCGAUAUGUUUCACAGGUAUGACUGCUGGGGGUGCACUUGGGGAGUUCCGUGAUGGCAUUAUACGAUGGCUAGGUUAGUGCAGGG